AUGAGUGUCAAAUCUUUGAAAAUAAUCAAGUCAUUGGAUAAAUUACCUUCAUAUUUCAAACAAGCAAAUGCAUCUUUCCUUAGGUUUAAAGAAUAUCAUUCAAAAGAUCCAUUAAUCUCGUAUUUUGUAACAGAUUUAUUAGAUUGUGCAGUUAUUUAUGAAAUUGUUAGAGGUUUGUUCCCAUUUGAAGAAAUCAUUGGUUCAAAUAUAUCAAUUAAAAGUCAACCAGAAGAAGAAGAAGAAGUUGAAUUAAAUUUACCUAAAGUCCCCAAAAAUGAUGAUAUUAAAGAUAUUGAUGAGACAAAAGAGCUUAAUUUACUAAAUGUUCCAACUGAUUUCAAAAAAAAUGUUUCAGAAACUGAUAAAACUGAUGAAAUUAAAGAAGAUCAAAGUAAUGAAAGUCAAGUUGAAAGAGUGGAAUCUAAUGAAAGUGAGUCCCAAAAGGAAGAAACCAAAGAAGAUAAGUCUAGUGAAGAUAAACCAGCAGAGAACUCUAAUGAAUCAAGCCAGCUUGACGAGAAACAAAAACCUGAUGAACAAGACGAUGACCUUACAGGAAGCUUAGCCAAACUAGUACAAUCAGUAACAGAUGAUACCAAUAUAGAAGAUCAUAUAUCUCAAAGUAUAAAACAUUUAUCCCCAAUUGAUUAUCAAGACCAAGUAUCUAAAGAAGAUGAAAUAAUUAAUAAAAUAAUUAAUACAGAUCUCAAUAGAAUUACAGAUGAUGAAAUUAAUGAAAGAAUUCAAUAUUGUAAAAAAAAUUCCAAAAGAAUAAUAACAUCAAUUAAAAAAGGUGAAAAUCCUCAAAUAAAUCCUUUCCAUGGUGAUAAUAUUGAUAAUAAACCUAUUUCAAAUGAAGAUAUUGAAAAAGUUUUAAAAUUUGCACUUAAUGAACCUGAUGAAGAUGAUGAAAAGGAGAUUAAAUUCCCAGAAUUACCAACAUCUAUUCCAAAUGAUCAAAUAGAGAAUGAGGAUGAAAAGGAAGAGGAAGAGGAGGAGCUUGAAAAACGUGAAGAAGAUAUUGAAGAUGAAGAACAAUCUUUAUCAGAUUCCAAACCAAUACAUAAACAAUUGGAAAAAGAAGAUAUUGAACAAUUCUUACAAGAUGGUGAACUUUUAAAUAAUGCCUCGAAAAAUGCUAAAUUUGCAAUCUCAGCUAUUAAUUAUGAAGAUGUUGAUACUGCUAUAGGUCAAUUGAACAAAUCUCUCCAUCUAUUACAACAAUAUAAAGAUAGAAAUUAG